AUGUGGAGAUCAGAGAUCUGUUUAGCAUUGGCAACUUUAGCUUUAUUCUUGUUUGCAUCGGUUCUUGCAGAUGAUGUUGUUGUAUUGACCGAAGAAAACUUCGAAAAAGAGGUCGGUCAAGAUCGUGGCUCUCUCGUUGAGUUCUACGCUCCUUGGUGUGGGCACUGUAAGAAGCUUGCUCCUGAGUAUGAGAAGCUAGGUGCAAGUUUCAAAAAGGCUAAAUCUGUUUUAAUUGGAAAGGUUGAUUGUGAUGAGCAUAAGGGCGUGUGCAGCAAAUAUGGGGUUUCAGGGUAUCCCACCAUCCAGUGGUUUCCUAAGGGGUCUUUGGAACCCAAAAAGUAUGAAGGUGCAAGAACGGCAGAAGCCCUUGCUGAAUUUGUAAACAAUGAAGGAGGGACAAGUGUCAAGAUAGCUGCAGUCCCUUCAGAUGUUGUGGUUCUGACUCCAGAGAACUUCAAUGAGAUUGUCCUUGAUGAGGCAAAGGAUGUCCUUGUUGAGUUUUAUGCACCCUGGUGUGGUCAUUGCAAAAACCUUGCUCCUAUUUAUGAGAAGGUUGCAACAGCAUUUAAGCUGGAGGAACAUGUUGUCAUUGCUAAUGUUGAUGCUGAUAAGUACAGGGAUCUUGGAGAGAAAUAUGGUGUAAGUGGUUUUCCUACUUUAAAAUUCUUCCCGAAGCACAAUAAAGCUGGUGAAGACUACGAUGGUGGUCGAGAUUUAGAUGACUUUGUCACUUUCCUCAAUGAGAAGUGUGCAACUAGCCGCGAUGCUAAAGGACAACUAACUUCCAAGGCUGGUAUUGUUGAAACACUUGAUAGCUUAGUGAAGGAGUUUGUCAGUGCGGAAGGUGAGGAGAAGAAAGCUGUAUUCAGUCAGUUGGAGAUGGAAGCUGAGAAGCUGAAGGGCUCCACCGCAAGAUAUGGGAAGAUCUACGUGAAAGCUGCCAAGAGCUGGAUGGAGAAAGGGUCUGAUUAUGCCAAGAAUGAAAUUCAGCGGUUGGACCGCAUGCUUGCCAAGUCAAUUAGUGAAGCAAAGGCUGACGAGUUCACUCUGAAGAAGAAUAUCCUGUCUAGCUUUGCUUGA